AUGCCCCCCAGGAAGAGGACCAGGCCCGGCCUGGGCUUCCUCUGCUGCUUCGGCAGCACCGAGCCCCCGGAGAUCAACCUGAAGGACAGCGUGCCGCUCCAGCUGCUGGAGUUCAGCGCCCCCAUGCCCCCGGCCGACGAGCUCAACGCCCGCUUCUCCGAACUGGUGGACGAACUGGACCUGACGGACAAGAACAGGGAGGCCAUGUUUGCACUGCCAGUGGAGAAGAAAUGGCAAAUCUACUGCAGCAAGAAGAAGGAACAAGAGGACCCCAACAAGCUGGCCACCAGCUGGCCCGACUACUACAUCGACCGCAUCAACUCCAUGGCUGCCAUGCAGACCCUGUUUGCAUUCGAUGAGGAGGAGAUGGAGAUAAGGAACAAGGUGGUGGAGGAUUUGAAGACAGCCCUUCGCACUCAACCGAUGAGGUUCGUCACGCGCUUCAUCGAGCUGGACGGCCUCACCUGCCUGCUGAACUUCCUGCGUAGCAUGGACUACGAGACGUCGGAGAGCCGCGUGCACACCUCGGUGAUCGGCUGCAUCAAGGCGCUGAUGAACAACUCGCAGGGGCGCGCCCACGUGCUGGCGCACCCGCAGAGCAUCAACACCAUCUCCCAGAGCCUGCGCACGGCCAACAUCAAGACCAAGGUGGCGGUGCUGGAGAUCCUGGGCGCCGUGUGCCUGGUGCCCGACGGCCACAAGAAGGUGCUGCAGGCCAUGGCGCACUACCAGAAGUACGCCGCCGAGAGGACACGCUUCCAGACGCUGCUGAACGAGUUGGACAAGAGCACGGGUCGCUACAAGGACGAGGUGAACCUGAAGACGGCCAUCAUGUCCUUCAUCAACGCCGUGCUGAACGCCGGAGCGGGAGAGGACAACCUGGAGUUUCGUCUGCAUCUGCGGUACGAGUUCCUCAUGUUGGGCAUCCAGCCCGUCAUCGACAAGCUCCGGGGCCACGACAACGCCACCCUGGACAGACACUUGGACUUCUUUGAGAUGGUGCGUAACGAAGACGACUCCGAACUGGCCAAACGUUUCGAUCUGACCCACGUGGACACAAAGAGCGCGGGCGCCAUGUUUGAGCUGAUCAAGAAAAAGCUGAACCACACAGAGGCCUACCCAUACCUCAUCUCCAUACUCCAACACUGCCUGCAGAUGCCCUAUAAGCGAGGCGGAGGCAGCCUGCAGCACUGGCAGCUCCUGGACCGUAUCCUCCAGCAGAUCGUCUUACAGGACGACAAGGGAGAGGACCCCGACGCCGCGCCGCUGGAGAACUUCAGCGUCAAAAACAUCAUCCGCAUGCUGGUCAACGAGAAUGAGGUGAAGCAGUGGCGAGAGCAGGCGGAGAAAUUCAGGAAAGAUCACGCAGAGCUGAUGGCUAAACUGGAGCGCAAGGAGCGGGAGUGCGAGACCAAGACCUCGGAGAAGGAGGACAUGAUGAAGACCCUCAACAAGAUGAAGGACAAGCUGCAGCGCGAGGGCGAGGAGCUGCGCUCGGCCCGCGAGCACGUCCAGGACCUGUCGUCGCGGAUCCACGACUUUGCAGGAGGGAACGUGGCGUUCCCGGCCGCUCCCGCCCCUCCCGGGGCCCCCGUGGCUCCGCCUCCGCCCCCCAUGAUGGGCGGCUUCCCUCCGCCUCCUCCUCCUCCUCUGCUCCCCUUCGGCUGCCCGCCUCCCCCGCCGCCACCUCCUCCCGGAGGCCCGCCCCUGCCGCCCGGAGCCCCGCCUCUCUUUGGAGCCCCGCCCCCUCCGGCUCCGCCCUCCUUCGGCUUGACGAGCAGCCAGCGCUCCAAGUCCAUCCCCCAGCCCUCCCAUCCCCUCAAGUCCUUCAACUGGGCCAAGCUGGGAGAGAACAAGAUCACGGGUACCAUCUGGCACGACAUCGAUGACCUGCGGGCUUUCCAGAUCCUGGACCUCAAGGACAUUGAGAAGAUGUUCUCAGCGUACCAGAGACAGCAGGAGCUGCUCACUAACCAAUCCUUCAAACAAAAAGAAACGGGUUCUAUGGACGACCUGUACGUGAGCACGAGGAAGGUCAAAGAGCUGUCGGUCAUCGAUGGCCGUCGCGCACAGAACUGCGUCAUCCUGCUCUCAAAGUUAAAAAUGAGCAAUGAAGAGAUCAGGAGGGCCAUCCUGGAGAUGGACGAGAGGGAGGAGCUAGCCAAAGACAUGCUGGAGCAGUUGUUGAAGUUCAUCCCAGAGAAGAGUGACAUCGACCUGCUGGAGGAACACAAACACGAGCUGGAGCGCAUGGCCCGUGCCGACCGCUUCCUCUACGAGAUGAGCCGGAUUGACCACUACCAGCAGAGAAUGCAGGCGCUGUUCUUCAAAAAGAAGUUUGCGGAGAGACUGGCAGAAACCAAGCCCAAGGUUGAAGCCAUCCUCAGUGCCUCCAAGGAGGUGGUGCGGAGCAAGCGCCUCACCCAGGUCCUGGAGGUGGUGCUGGCCUUCGGCAACUUCAUGAACAAGGGCCAGCGCGGCAACGCCUACGGCUUCAAGGUGUCCAGCCUCAACAAGAUCGCCGACACCAAGUCCAGCAUAGACCGAAACAUCACCAUGCUGCACUACCUGAUCAUGAUCUUCGAGAAGAACUACCCCGACACGCUGCAAAUCCAGCAGGACCUGGGCAGUAUACAGGAGGCGGCCAAAGUCAAUAUGGCAGAGCUGGAGAAGGAGGUGCACCACAUCAAGACUGGACUGAGGGCCCUGGAGGCGGAGUUGCAGUACCAGCAGAGCAGGACGCAGGAGCGGGGCGACAAGUUUGUGGCCGUGAUCGGGGACUUCAUCACCGUUGCGGGCUUCAGCUUCUCUGAACUGGAGGACCAGCUGAGUGAGGCCAAGGACAAGUACAACAAGUCCCUGAAGCACUUUGGAGAGGAGGAGGGCCGCAUGCAGCCUGACGAGUUCUUCGGCAUCUUCGACACCUUCCUGCAGUCGUUUGGCGAGGCGCGGCUGGACCUGGAGAACAUGCAGCGGCGCAAGGACGAGGAGGAGAGGAGGGCACGCAUGGAGGCCAUGCUGAAGGAGCAGAGGGAGCGCGAGCGGCGGUCCAAGAAGGGCGGCGGCUCCGAGGAGGUGGGCGGGGAGUUUGACGACCUGGUGUCGGCGCUCCGCUCGGGCGAGGUCUUCGACAAAGACCUGAACAAGUUCAAGCGCAACCGCAAACGCUCGGUCAACAGCCUGGCGGAGGGCGCCGGGCGGGAGCGGCCCGUGGCCAAGGUCACCUACUAACUAGACCGGGGUCCUGACACACACCUGGCUCCAAAUGGACGGCGCGAGUCGGCCGCGGCUUGGCGGUCCGGCAGGCGCGCGCACUCACGCAGCUACACCUUGCUUAUUACUUAUUAGUAUUACGUUAAGUCUGGCUCCUCCAGGCCAUCGAUGAAGUUUGAAGAGGACCUAUGUUGAAAAAACACGGGCUGCACUCGGGCCCGUGUUGCGGUGUGGGGGUGUGUGUGUGUGUGUGUGUGUGUGUGUGUGGGCGUGUCUUGCCAUGGCGAUUGAAGGACGUCACACUCCACAAACUCCGAACUCGAGUUGAGCGGCUCUCCCACGCCGUACUUCCACCUGAACUCCCCUCUGAGAUACAUUAAGGUGGACCACUGUGAUGACGAUAGCCCCCCCCCCCCCCCCUCCAUGUGUUCUGCGUUUGCCAUGACCACACUAUGCCCCCACCACCACCACCACCUUAACGGAAUUUGACCUUAUGUCUCCGUGCUCUCCUGGCAACUACCCACUAGUCCCACAGUGAGACAUCAGCAGUAGAUCUGCCUGCCCCCUUAUAGGGGACCCCCUGUUCGUCUCUAAAAACACACAGGAAGUCGGGCACCCGCCGCCAAAAGUCGAGACGAGCUUGCGUCGGACGGGACGAGCUCGGAUCGGACGGGACGAGCUCGGACAGGACGAGCUCGGAUCGGACGAGCCAGACGGCCGCUCCCGUUUCGUUGCAGAACUGUCUAAUCGGGACAUUUCGGUGUGGUACAACGUCCCGUUGAUGUUCAUUUUUGUUUGCCAACGUUUGCUUCGUCCUCUGUCCCAUGCCAUGUCACCCUUUGACCGAAGGUUCCUAGACACCAACCGCUAGUCCACUGGAACCUCAACGGCCAGCAAUGAGACAACUGAUGGCAAAUCUUCACCAUUACAGAUGUAUGUAUGUUUGUGAGCUGCUCUUAUAGCGGGAGUGUGUGAGCAAAAUACAUGGGGCAGAUUUGGGGAUAUUGGUUGUCCUACCUGAGAGGGUGCUCCAGCACACAGCAUUCCCAGUUAGGGGGAGUAAGGAAGGAAGGACGGACAGACGGACGGACAGUCGGAAAGAUAGACAGUUGAGGACGAGGAAGCUUUUUUUCUUCUGGCAGACGGCUCCUGAGGACAUGGCACGGAAAACCUAUUUUCAGCGUGUGCUGGGUUCACUGUGUAAAGAGGGCAGGGGCCAGGCCUCUGUUGGGGUAUUUCUGCAAUUGUUACCAGAAGAGAAAUAUUGCGUUGGCAUUACCGAGUGCCAAAGAGUGGAAAAUUGUAUAUGUAUUAAUGCAAGAUAUACUGCAAUUAGGAGUAUAUAUAUUUAGAUUCAGACAAGCUAAUUGCAAAGAUGUCGUUUUUUUAUGUUUUCAUUGCAUUAUUUGGUCUUUGUAUACACAUUUGAGGUUAUGUCUUCACAUUGCAAAACGGACUGCUAUUGAAAUGUCCUUACCUUUUGUACUUUUUUUGUUACUUACAAUUAUUAGGACAUCUGCUUUUCCUUUCCCCACAUUUGCACUUUCCUUUCCAAGGGAGAAUUGUGCCCUUUAGUACCAACUACAUCUUAACCACACUGUGCUCUUCUUUAAAACACACUUUGAAGUUCUGCAUGGGGGGAGGGGGGAUACAUAUUAGCCUGUUUGUGUUGAAAUCGUGUUGAAUGUCAGUUCAAAUAUUAAUAAGCACAGGAUGAACACGAACGAUGCAAAGAGAAACAUUUGUUUAUCCAAAUAGGAAAAGGAUUGAAAUUAUGGACAGGCUUGUGUUGACGUUGCCAAAAUCAGACCUUGGACACAAGGUGUCUCGCGAAAGAUUGACCGUGUCUGAUGAUGGAUUGGAUGAAAAUACUGGUGUUUUGAGAGAUUUGUACUAAAACCCUGAGCAAAACCAUGAGAAUGCUCUGGCGGGCCUGUACCAGGGUUCAAACACAAUGCGCCUGGAGAGAAAAUGAUCUGAACUUCCUGUUUACAUUUGACACCCUUCACCAAGUCUGUAGACGAGAUGGAAGCCCUCUGUAGCCUAGGUCCACUUGUAUUCGAAGGCAGUUUGAAAUUUAUAUUUUCUGGGCUACAAGUAAGUCGAAUGAAGGGAGAUGCAAGGCCAAAUGUAUGUUUGUUGCUAUUUAAUGGAAAGGUCUGGAUUGUGUUUGCUUUUGGUACAUAGUCGUGUGUGUGUGUGUGUGUGUGUGUGUGUGUGUGUGUGUGUGUGUGUGUGUGUGUGUGUGUGUGUGUGUGUGUGUGUGUGUGCGCGCGCAAGAUGUCUAUGCAAACAUAGUUGUGUUAGACGAGCAAAUGAAAAAUAACUCUCAAAAUCCUGUUUUAGGCUAAGACAAAUCAAGGAACUUAAAGAACAAUCCCGUUACAAGGGGUGAUCAAAUAAACCUGUUUCUCCGCAUUAAUUUACACUGUCGUUAAAUGCACCCUAUUAUUUUGUCAAUUUAAUCGUUUAUUUGAUUCUCAAUAGCUAAAAUGCUGGAAACACAAAUAGGUCUCGAAGGAUAGCACUUGAAUCCUAAGCCACUUGACACAGUGUAAAAAGACCCAAGGGAGCCAACCUAAUAAGUCUAUUAAAACACAAGAUGGCCAACCUAAGACUUCAAUAAAAAGAACAAAAGGUAGCCAACCUAAGACGUCUAUUAGAACACAAGGUAGCCAACCUAGGAUUUCUAAUAAAAACACAAGGCUAAUGGCCUCAAACACCUCUAAUGUGUGUUUUUCAUCUUUUAUGCCAUAGAAUAUUAAUAAGACAAAACCAGGUCCUUUUCGCAAAGUUAUUGCCUCAUUUCUCUGGUAAACAUAAAGAGGCCCUCUUCGGUUCAAAAGCUUUCAUCUGAGAUUUAAAAAAUAAGUAAGCGUGUGUGGCGCCGGUGUCUCCCCCUUUGCUACAGUUAAUGAAACCAAAAGUAACUCCCAGAUAUUGACUUCAGUUCUCAGAUUAUUAGAAUUUUCCUCAAACAGCUUUAACCCAUAUUGUACGUGAGACCAUUUACCGACGGGAAUGGCAACUUGGUCAGUAUUAAUCAUAUUGUUACCUGUUUUAGAGUGAGGAUGUGUUGACUGGCUUAGGAGUUUAAAAUAUAGCAAAAAAAAGAAUAACUUGAUUCAAUGCAGUUUUUUUCAGAAUGGUACACUUCCAUUCACGACGAUAAUUUCAUAAUCUUAUCUUCCACCCUUCCUUUCAAGAAAAAAUAGAUCUAAAGAAAAAUUGUGUUUGUACAGAAUAUGUUUAUGAUCUAAUGGUAAUUGAUGAGGUGCAGGUGCACUAUGGAGGGAUGGUAAAUUAUGGGUUGUACAAUGAAGUGAUGACAGAAUAAUGGGGUGCAUCCCAGAAAGACAAAAAAGACAAGGUGCUAGUGGGUUUGGAUGUGUGGCGCUGUAGUCAACACAUUGACAUAAGCGACCAGUGGAUAUGUAGGCCAAACGAAAAAAUCUCCUCCAUAUAUGCUACAGCUUUACAAGAGUGCAUUAGCAUUGUUUUCCAAUCCUAUGGAUUUUCCUCCUCCCAGUAUGUGUAAAAUAACAAGGGGGAGAUGACCUCACCAUAAUGCAGUUCCUUAAUUCGCCACUGGGCGUCAGCCUGCAUGCCUCAAACAAGGUGCACCGAGGGGGACCCUUUGACUUCUUAAGACCCUUUUAGUAUGAAAUCGCUUGCAACACUUUUGACUCCACAAUUUGUACUAGCUCCCGAAAGAAAGUAUUUUGCACCCACUUUUUGAAGAUGUAUAAGUGUGGGGAUCUCUAUAUUUUUUUCAUGGUUACAAAGAAGAUUUGAAAACCUCCACCGAAGGAUAUAGUUCUAACAAUGUGCACAUCAUUCUCGAUGUUUGGUUGAGGAAUGUUACGUUUUCGUGUAAAUUGUACCUUAUUUAUUUGCCUUAUUAAGUUUGCUACAUGUUGUAUGUAUACACAGCAUUACAAAUACAAUAAAAUGUUAAUUAAAAAAUGACGAUAUAUGAUUAUACAGUGGUCCAUGUAUAUUGAAUAGCUUUCAGACUUAUGAGAAUGUCUUUCCCUUAUUUCAUUUCUAUGAUUUUAUUUAGUUUUCUAUUUUCUUUGCCAUCCCUGUGUCUUUUUGUAGGGUUACAAUAAACCUUUGUUCCUAACAUG